GGGAGCGAAUGCUGCUUAUAGGCAGGGGGAGGGGCUAGCUGCCCCGCCCCCUCCGCCAGAUUUCCUUAAGGAGGGAGCCACCGGCUCCCGCCCCCAACCGGCCCAGCCGCGUGGAGCGUCUGGGAGCGAGAAGAGGGAGCCAACCUGCCGAGAUGGAGGCGGGCGGCACCUGGACGCUGCUGCUGGUGCUGCUGCUGCUCCUGGUGCUGACGCUGGCGCUGCCCCGGACCUGGACGCGAGGCCACCUACCCCCCGGGCCCGCGCCGCUGCCACUGCUGGGGAGCCUCCUGCAGCUCCGGCCCGGGGCGCUGUACUUGGGGCUCUUGCGGCUGAGUAAGCAGUAUGGACCAGUGUUCACCGUGUACCUGGGACCCUGGCGGCGCGUGGUGGUCCUGGUUGGGCACGAGGCUGUGCGGGAGGCCCUGGGAGAUCAAGCCGAGGUGUUCAGUGGGCGGGGGAUGUUGGCGACACUGGACCAGACCUUUGAUGGCCGUGGGGUCUUCUUCUCCAGUGGGGAGCGGUGGAGGCAGCUGAGGAGAUUCACCAUGCUCACUCUGCGGGACCUGGGCAUGGGGAAGCGAGAAGGCGAGGAGCUGAUCCAGGCAGAGACCCAGUGUCUAGUGGAGGCGCUCCAGAAGACAGAAGGACGGGCAUUUGACCCCUCCCUGCUGCUGGCGCAGGCCACCUCCAACAUUGUCUGCUCCCUCACCUUCGGCCUCCGUUUCCCCUACGAGGAUAAGGAGUUCCAGGCCUUGGUCCAGGCGGCUGGCAGCACCCUGCUGGCAAUCAGCUCCCCAUGGGGCCAAACCUACGAGAUGUUCUCCCGGCUCCUGCAGCCCCUGCCAGGCCCCCACAAACAGCUCCUCAGACACUUGAGCACCCUGGCUACCUUCGCUGCCCAGCAGGUGCAGCGGCACCGGGGGAACCUGGACUCCUCAGGCCCCGCAGUCGAUGUUGUGGAUGCCUUCCUGCUGAAGAUGGCACAGGAGGAACAGGACCCAAACACGGAAUUCACUGACAAGAACAUGCUGAUGACGGUCACUUAUCUGCUGUUCGCUGGGACGAUGACAGUGAGCACCACAGUCCGCUACACCCUCCUGCUCCUGCUGAAAUACCCUGAGGUCCAAGAACGCGUGCGGGAGGAGCUGACACGGGAGCUGGGAGAUGGCCGGGCGCCAGGUCUGGGAGACCGAGCCCGCCUCCCAUACACGGACGCGGUUCUGCAUGAGGCACAGCGGCUGCUGGCACUGGUGCCCAUGGGAAUGCCCCGAGCCCUCACAAGGACCACCUGCUUCCGAGGGUACACCCUGCCCCAGGGCACUGAGGUCUUCCCCCUCCUUGGCUCUGUCCUCCAUGACCCUGAGAUCUUCAAGCAGCCAGAGGAGUUCAACCCAGGCCGGUUCCUAGAUGCGGACGGAAGGUUCAAGAAGCAAGAGGCCUUCCUGCCCUACUCCUUAGGUAAGCGUGUCUGCCUUGGGGAGGGCCUGGCACGAGCAGAGAUCUUCCUCCUGGCCACCGCCAUCCUGCAGGCCUUCUCCCUGGAGAGCGCAAGCUCGCUGGGUGCCCUGAACCUUCAGCCAGCUGUCAGCGGUGUUUUCAACAUUCCCCCAGCCUUCCAGCUGCGAGUCCGGCCCCACUGACCUCCACCCCACUCCACUAUGUGGACCAGAUGAAGGAGGGACCCUUGACAGGUGGUGGCCUCUGCGGUGGGCAUGGACAUGGCUGUUUCUCGAGAGCCACGAGUCUACACCGCAAGCAGCCAAAUGCACACACCGAUAGCUGUUUUCUAGAGUCGGUCACGCACAUAUUCAGCCUACACUGUCCACAGGACCACAGUCAUCCACCCACGCAGCUGUUGAGACAAUCACACACCCAUAGACAACCAUGAGGGCCAUGAGGCAACUUGGCCACACAAGCUUCUUACGGGCAUAAAUUUAGUCUGUCUGGAAUCACAACCACAUGUCCAGAUAACCCAACUCACACACGACUCGCUCCCCUGGACUCGCAACCCACACAUGGAGUUCGGCUGCCACCUUCAUAAGCUACCAAAACAGCCUCCUGUUCACCGCCCACGUGCCCUCUUCACUCCUCAGACUUACCAGUGCCACCAUCUUUGGGAGCCUGGUGCAGAGAAGCACAUGCCCCCUCCUGGGUCAUGUCACCACGCAGACCAUCCCUGUCCUCAGCCCCAGCAUGCCCUCUGUCCUGUGACCACGCCACUAUCCAGGCACAUGACCAUCACCAUCCACAUGCCCCCAACCACUGAACCACACAGCCAGCCCAUACAUGACACUGUCCAGGCUCCCGACUAUCUUCCCACGGAGACACACCACUCCCGUGGAGGCGCGGCCCCAGCCUCCUCUGCACCUUCCGCUCUCAAGGACCAUCCUUUCCAAGCACCCUGAUCCCCAAAUUCUCCCAAAUAGGAGCACACCCCCAGUGUGCACAAGCCUGGGAGCCUAGUAAACUUAGACACAGGAGGACCCUCAGAACAGAGGUGCACCCUCCCACUCCUGCUUAUGUAACCAUGUCGGAAGCCUCCUCUGCUCCCCCCCAACACACACACUGACCCACCGCCCCUACUCUGCGUCAGAGUCCCGAUUCGACCUGGUAAAAGGGGCUAGACGACCAAGGUGGGGGCCAGCUUCCAACUUCCCGUGUCAGGGAAGAGGCCAGGUCUGACGUGCCUGUGGCUUGAAGGUCCCUGUUUUGCAAUAAAAGUUCGUUUCUGGCCCCUGA